CAAUAAAUUCGGCGUUAAAUCACAAACCCUAGUUUUUUUCAAAGAGAGCGAGCGAGCGAGUGUGUGCGCGCGUGAGAAUAAAGAGAUUCGUUUAUAUCUCUUUCUUCGCACUUUUUUCGUGGAAGUUGCAGAACAACAACACCCCAAAACCCUUUUUCUCACAUCACAACCUUGUUUUUCUUAUCAGGUUCCCGCUACUUUAUUUGAAGUGAGGCUAAGGAUAGUGGAACAAGUAUUUUAAAAGGUUGAACAGAUCUCGAACGAAAUGUUUAAGAAUAGUUUAUUCGAUGCAGGAAUUUUCUGUUAACUUGAAUAUUUUUUAUUGAGGAUUUGUUGCUAUUGAAUCAUCAUCAUAACUGAAGUAGUUUGAAAGAAAGUUUUUGACUUGUGAGCGUUCUUAUAGCGAAGAUUGGAAUCAUGCCCAUCUCAGGCCGUGAAGAGAGUGGGAUAAAGUCCUUUGCUGGGCAGUUUAGUGAUUUAGUUGCAGGUGUGCCAAUCAAGAAAAGGAGGUAUCCGCCUUUGAUCCAGUCUCCUUCACCUCCUCGUACGGAAGAAACUGAUUUACAACAAAAAGAAAAUUCAAGCACUUCUCAAGGAUCAACUCUAUCAAAUGUUAGUAUUGCAGGUGCACCUAUCAAGAAAAGGAGGUUCCCUCCUUCACUUCAAGCUUCUUUGGAAGAGGCUUCGGUUCAGGAAAAGAGUCAUACUAUGCAAAAGGAACAUUCAACCACAUCACUGGGUUCAACCCUUUCUACCAGUUCUGCCGGAUUAUCUGAUACCAUUGGAAACCCGAUAAUUGAAAAAAUGAAAUCAAGUUCCGAUGUUACAAAUGUUGACAUGGUGCAAAAAAGUUCUUUGCUUAUGCCCAAGCGGGAGGAAUCAAACCCUACUUUGGAUGUUGUGAAUAGCAAAGAAAAGGUGAUGCUCAAUGAAGGUAAUGAGAAAAAUUCAGGAUCCCAAACAAUUAAGGCAAAUCCCGAACUCUUAUUGGCUGCAAAAGAUGGUCUAGCACUUAGCAUUGGAGCGGAUCUGAGUAAACAAAUUGUUCAAGACACAGUUAAGCAAGAGAGUCCUAUAGUUCCUGGAAGUACUACUUUAUCUUUAAGCAUGAAGAAGCACUUGUUUUCGUCUGUUACAAGUUCGGAUAUUAAUAAGAUACAACCCAAUAUGGAGAAAGGAGAACCUGUCUCAUUAGAAUUAUCUUUAAGCAAGGAGGAAAGUAGUACUCACAGUUCAAAUACGGAUGCUAAAAGUGAUAGUGACACUACUCGUGUGCAUUCUAGCAGGGCAAACUGGGAUCUGAAUACUACAAUGGAUGCAUGGGAUGAAGGGAGUGAUGCCAGUUCUGUUAAAACUUCUAUUGAUGGGUUGAAUAUUAGUCACAGUGCACUUGGUGAGAAACAGUUAACGUGCUCGACUGGGAUGACACCACCAACAAGUGCUGUGUCUGUAAACCAAACACGCAAAGAGAGUCAGAGCAAAGCUUUCGUUACUUCAACUGGUCUGUACGGACAGCAGUAUAAAUGUGCGGAUCCACGUAAUCUAUGUCUUUCGCCUUUUGUUCAGAAGUAUGUCGAGGAACCCUCUAGAGUAUCUGUUAAACUAAAUUCAGGUGUUGCGGCUCCUCUUGUUAGUUUGCCAAGUCUGGCAGCUACUGCUGGUGAUGCAAAUACUUCUAGUGUUAGGUUGGUAAAGCCAGAACCGUAUGAUGAGAACUUGAAAAAGAAUUUGAAAAAAGCCAAUGCCCAUCUUGUAGGUUCAUUAGAUAGUGUUGCUGUCAAAAAAGAAUUUAUUCAGCAUUCAGUUAUCAAGCCAUCUAAUGUCGAUUCUACAUUCAUUAAAUCCGAACCAAGUCACGAGGGUAAUCAAGAAAGAUCCAAAACAGCAGAGAGUACUACAACAAAUCAGUUGGGUAAAGUGUUGCCUCAAAUGUCAUUAUGUUCAUCUUCCAUGACAGUGCCAGUCAUGUUGAAUUCAACACAAGUUUUUGCAGAGGUGGUUCAUCCUGCUGUGAAACCUGUGUGUACAGCAGUAUUAACUACUGGUAAAAAUAUAGUAGGUCAACUGGAAAAUUAUAGCUGUGCUAAAGGAGUCAAUGUUGAGAAAGUAUGUGACGUAGUUUCCUCAAAUUCUGAGCAGGUUCCGCUGGUAACAGUUGCUAUUUCUAAUCCUAUGGUUACUACUGGCUUGAAAUAUUCUUCUAUUGUAACCAAGAAAGAAGUUGCCGAUGAACAUGAUGGUUGCAGAUUGAAACUCAUGAAUGAGCCUACUGAUGCACGAGACAGCGGUGUAGGCUGUGUUAGUGAUGAAGAAAAGAUAACCUUGUCAACUGAUAUGUUGGAAGACGAUUCUUUUGGUUCUGGUCUCGAGUCCGAUGAAAACCAUGCUGUAACUGUUGCUGUAGACACUGAGCGAUACACUGAAGAUGAUGAUUAUGAGGAUGGUGAGGUUCGAGAACCACUGGAACCUUCCAAAGUGGAGGAUACCAUAUGCGAGGUAAGAGAAACAGAACAUCCUGACUUAAGUAACUAUGAUAAUAAACCAGUGGAGAAAGGAGUGGUGGUGAGUAGUGAUUAUCCCACUUCAUCUCGUGUGAUGGAAAAUGACAAUAUGACUGUAAUCCACAAUGAAAUAGUUAGUAAAGAUGACGUGGACAUUCAAAUGAAUGAGAAACCUGGUAAAGUCAUUGAUAAAAAUGUGUGUGUGCAAGAGUCAAUGGAUGGUGAAAAAUCUGAUAUUGCUGCUGAUAAGAGACCAGUUAAUGUUUCGCAAGGGAAACCAUUAGAUCUUUUAGAAAGAAUAAUUGUCUCUGAAACUCAGGAGACUGAACAACCUUGCAAUCAAGCCACUGAUGGAAGACAUGUGAUAGAUGUUCUAUGUGCUGAUGAGGUUGUGAAAACAACUGACACUGUUAGAGAAACUGACUUAGAUUUUCCGAAGAUGGAAGGAUCUGCUAAUACUGAAGAUAUAACCAAAGAUGUUACUAACAGUAGUAAUCAAGGAAGAAUCAUAGAUCUGUCACGAGCUGCCAGUUCGUCAUCCCCUAGUAAAACCAGGCCUAUUUCAGGCAGAUCGCUGCCAACUCGAGCUGGAAGAGAUGUAUUUCCUGACACACUUGACGGUGACAAGUUAUACAGAGGAAGGGAUGAAGUUUACAUUGAUGCUCCCCACAGAUUUUCAAGAGAAAGACAUCAAGACAUGUCCACUAGAAAUUCUAGAUUGAAUUUUGGGCGUGGUAGAGGAAGAGUUAAUAGCCGAGGUCGUGGUGACUGGGAAUCUGAGCGUGAAUAUUCUGGUGAAUUUUACAAUGGUCCAAAUCAACAGUACCGUGGCGCAAGGUCAAAAUAUUCAUCUGCUAUUGCUGAUAAUGAUCUGGAGUACAAUAAUGCUGGACCCGAUGAUUCAUAUGUUAAUGGUCGGUUAGGUAGAAAGCCAUUGAAUGAUGGCUCAUAUAUUGCACCACGAAGGAGGUCACCAGGAGGAGUAAGAGAUGGCAUUCAAAUGGGUCAUAGGAAUCAAAGACCUGUUAGUCCUAGUGGUAGAUGUAUUGGAGGGGAUGGUUCAGAGUUAGGUGGCAUGAGGCAUAGUGAGAAAUUUAUGAGAGGUUUUAAUGAUGAUACUCUAGAUUCUGUGUAUACACGUCCCCAACAAUUUGAGGGAAUGGAUGGUCGGUUUUCAAGAGGAAGAGGAAGGGGUAGGAAUUUUUCUUCCAUGCAGAGAAGGGGUGGUCUUUCUCGAAUGCGUUCAAAAUCACCCAUCAGAUCGAGGAGUCGUUCACCUGGUCAGUGGACAUCUCCUAGAAGGAGGUCCCCCAGAAGAAGAUCUCCAGAUGGUUUUGGUGGACACCCUGAAAUCACUCAUAGAAGAUCACCAUUAUACAGGGUUGACAGAAUGAGAUCCCCUGAUCGACCUGUUUUCACUGGGGAGAGAGUGGUGAGGAGACAUGGCUCGCCUCAAUUUAUAUCACGACCCUCUAAUGAUAUGAGGGACAUUGACUCUGCAAGGGACCAUGGUCAUCCAAGGUCUGUCAUUUCCAAUAGGAGUCCAUCUGGUAGAAUUUUAAUCAGAAACAGAAGAUUUGAUGUUGUAGAUCCCCGAGAUCGAUCUGAUAAUGAUGAUGAAUACUUUGGUAGUGGAGGGCCUAUGCAUUCUGGUAGGAUGGUUAACAUUAACAAUGGUGAAGGAAAUGGUGAGGAGAGGAGGAGGUUUGGUGAAAGAAGAGGUCCUGUGCGUUCUUUCAGGCCUCCUUAUAACAAUGGCAAUAACAAUGCCGGUGAGAACUUUCAUAUAAAUGCUGAAGACGGGCCUAGACAUUAUAGAUUCUGUUCAGAUGAUUCAGAUUUUCAUGAGAGAGGCAAUAACUUGAGGGAAAGGGACUUUGAUAGAAGGAUCAAGGGUAGGAAUGGAAAUGGGCCACCUAGAAGAACAAGAAACAUGGAUGAGCAGGAAGAUAAUUUCAGGCAUGGUGGACAAGUUUGGAGUGAUGACAGUUUUGAUGAUAUUUCCAGAGUGAAGAGGAAAAGAUUUUGAAUGAUUUCCCCUUAAUCUGAAUUAGUCUUCUGCUGGAGGACAAUGGAAUUUGUAUUUUGCAGUUUUUCAUCUACAAGAUUAGACUUAGUUUUUAGUAAUAAAUUAAUCAGUUAUUAUUAUUCCUUGCUGCAUAGCUUUAGCUUAAGCCAUUCUAAGUGGUGGAAAAAAAAAAUCAAGUUCUGGUUGUAAAAGCAGCGUGCAUGAAAGUGCGAGCAGAUUGUUUUGUCAAGGAAAGGAAUUUGAAAACGAAAGUUGCUCUGAACAAGUAAAAUUUAGUUGGGACUUCGGUAUGGGACCAAACUCUUGCUAUCUAUCUAGAAACUGAACCUAUAAACAAAUGGCAAGGGUGGGUGGUGUGAUUGAAGAGAAGCUAUACCUGUUCCUAAUAAUUUAGUACUUAUUUAUUGGAGUACUUGGCUGUUGGUUCUUUUCUGGUUUCCUACCAACAUUUAAUCAUUCAACCAACCGAUUAUCAUUGCUAUGA